ACAAGCGUAGAAAAAGUUUUCACUGUGAGCCGCCAUUUUGGUUUGACUACUACUCGGCGCAAAAUAUUUUUGUCGCCGGAUAAUAUGCCUUCAUGUUAAUAUGGACGGCUUAUUUUACAACAUCAGCGUAGCAAGAAGCAUUUUCUGUACAUAUAAGAUUAGAAACUGUGAUAAAGAGUAAGGAUGUUGGCGUGUUUGGUGCGGGAAGUGCGGCGGCAGCGGUCAGUGAAGCUGCAGAGCUCUGUUGUGAAAUCCCACCAAGGAGAUGUCUGCCUCGCAAAGUUACAAUUUUCCCGGCGAUCCGUGGCGGAUGCCCACUUAAAGUGGAGUGAUAGUGCUAUUGAGUUGUAAUGAUGCAAUACGAGUGGCGCGGAGACGCUGGAAGCUCAGGAUUGAGUAUAAAAGUGGUGUGUAGUGUAGGCCUGGGUGUGUGUUGAGCAGCGCGUUGUAAACAAGGACGCCAUGGCGGAGCAGCAGCUGGGGAGCGAGCCGCCCAACAAGCGGGCCAAGAUGGACACCUUCCCAUCAUCGGACCCCACCGGCAGAUAUGAUUUUGCUGCGAUGUUGGAGAAUGCUCUGCCAGACGACCUGAUGUGGUCAGGCGACUCUCAGGGUGGUGGCGGUGGUGGUGGAGGUGGUGUCAAUGGUAUGAUGGAAAGUAGUGGGGGUGGUGGUGGUGGUCCUGGAGAUCGCCCCCAGCAACUGACUCAUCUCCUCCAAACCAAAACCCCGCCCCACUCCAUGGCCGGAAAUAAUGCAAUGUCCACCGGCCCACACAAUAUGCCCAACCAAAGCAAUAUGAUAGUAAACGCAUUAACAAAUUCCAAAAGCCCGCAUGGUGGACCAAUGCAAUCGCCUCAAAAUACAAAUUUAAGUAUGAGUGGUGUUCCGACGUCUAGCCAACAACUAACAAUGAGUGACAACGUUAAUAAUUUGAACACUAUGCCAAAUAGUAUAGCUAACUCAAUGGCUGCCAAUGUGACAGGAACCAUGUCGAUAACAAUGGCCUCUAAUGUUGCAGUAUCUUCCAUGAGCCUUGUUAACACCAAUACGUCAAUGGGCCUAAGUAGUAUGGCAAACAGUGCAGGCAUGGCUGGUGGCAUGAAUACUGUAAGUAACAUAAAUACUAUGAAUACAAUGAAUUCCAUGAACAAGUCACAACAAGGUGUGGUAACUACAAUGAACAUGAGUGGUCCCAUGGCAUCUCAGAUGAAUGAAGGGAUGCCAAAUGGUCCAUUGCCAGGACUAAACAGACCUAUGGUUCCACCAAACCUUCGAGGACAAUCACCACAACCCAUGGGCGCUGGACCUCAGGGAAUGGCACCAAGACACCCGGGAAUGGGUCCAGGACAACUAGGACCAAGAUUGCAGUGUUGGAUGAAGAGUCCCGGUGUAGGUGGCAUUGGUCAGCCCACCCUGUCAGGAACUUACAAUUUUGGUGGCCCAGGAGUUGGUCAGGGAAUGGAUGGCAAUGUGGGUCAGGCCAAUGCUGGAAUGGGACCUGGGCAACGACCAAUGGGAAUGGGAAUGCCACCUCGUUAUCCUAAUCAAGAAAUGAUGGGUAUAAUGGGUUCUAUGCCUCGGGGCCCACAACCUGGGCCUGGGCCUACGGGUCCUGGGACUCAGGGAGUUCCGGGUGGCCCACCUGUUGGCCCUCCUGGCCCAAUGGGUGGUGCUCCUGGUGGUCCAGGGCAGAUGGUUCCAGGUCAACCAAGACCUAACCCAGCUGACCCUGAAAAAAGAAAAUUGAUACAGCAGCAGCUAGUUCUCCUCCUUCAUGCCCACAAGUGCCAGCGACGUGAAAGUCAGGCAAAUGGAGAGGUGAGGCAGUGCAACCUACCUCACUGCAAAACUAUGAAGAAUGUAUUGACUCACAUGACCACUUGCCAAGCGGGUAAGUCAUGUCCAGUUCCUCACUGUGCGUCAUCCAGACAAAUUAUAUCCCAUUGGAAGAACUGUGCCCGUCAAGACUGUCCAGUGUGUGAACCUUUAAAACAAGCAGAUAAAAAGCAGCCUGGAGCUGGAGGUUGUUCAGGGCAGAUAGCAACAACUGUGUCCCAAUCCGGCCCCAGCCCAGGAGGGGUUCCAGUGCCUCUAUCUGGUCCUCCUGGACCACCAGGACCCCCUGGUCCACCUGGUGUUGCAGGUCAGAUGCCAACAGGGCCUCCAGGGCAAAAUGCUGGACCAAGACCUGGAGGUGUAAAGCGAGUGUAUGAGGGGGACACGUUACAGCCAGCCAUGUCUGGUCCCCCAGGACCAACGGACUCUUUAAUGAGAAAUUUAAGACCACAGGUGCCUAGUGUUGGGGGAAUGCCUACAAAUGCCCAGCAGGGAGCGCCUGGAAAUGUUCCAGGUGGGCCCACAGGUGUACCUGGAGCACCAGGGGGUAUGCCUGGGCAGAUGGUGCGACCAGGUGUACCUAACAAGGGACCUGAGGGAACUAUGAUGGGCACUUCCACUCCCCAGGGAAUGAGCUCCCCUGGGAUGAUGGUCAGAGGGCCUAAUGCUUUGUCUGGACCAUUGAAUACUCCUCAGCAACAGCAGCAAAUAAUUGGCAAGCCCGCAAGUGUUGGCAUCAAUCAAAACAAUCCUGUUGUGAGUACAAUGGUACGUGUACUUAAGGAUUUGCCUUUGCAGUCUUUACAGUCUUUACCUGAUUCCUGGUUGAAUCUGCCAAAUCAACCUGCACAGUUGCCUGGUGGCUUUGGAGCUGUUACUGCCAAGCCUGUUAAGGGGACCAAAGAAUGGCACCAAAGUAUAUCAAAUGAGCUGAGAAAUCAUCUUGUACACAAGCUUGUACAAGCCAUCUUCCCAACUCCAGACCCUCAAGCUAUGCUUGAUAAGAGAAUGCAGAAUCUUGUUGCCUAUGCUAGAAAAGUUGAGGGGGAUAUGUUUGAAAUGGCAAAUUCCAGGCCUGAGUACUACCAUUUGUUGGCUGAAAAGAUUUACAAAAUUCAAAAAGAGUUGGAGGAAAAACGCUUGCAAAGGAAGCAGACGACUCCACGGGAUGGGGCUCCUGGUCCCCCAGGCCCUCCUGGUCCUCCUGGUCCUGCUCCAGGUGUGGUUCCUUCGGGACCAAUUGUUGCUCCUGGUCAAAUCCUUACUCCUACGACUUCAGGCUCUUCUACCAUGGGUACAGGUGCGAUGUUUAUGGUUACAGGAAUGGUAGCCCGUCCCACAGGUCCUCGACCAACUCACCCAUCUGGGAAUCUAAUUCCUAAUAAUCAUCCUAUGGCUAACAAUCAAGUAGCUCAGCCAACUUCAAUUUGCCAGCCUAGUAAUCAGAUGGUAAUAGGUCCUCCAAUUAGUGGACCUAUCACCACCACCACCGCAAGUAACAACAGCACCAUCGUUAAUUCUUCAGGUCAAUUCCCAGGCUCUGUUCCCCAUGGAGAUAUGAUGUCUGGCCCUAGACCCACUAUUCCUCCGCCACCUUACAGCACUUCGAAUGAUUCGUCAGUCAUGAAUCAGAUGCCUAAUCGUACCUCUCCAGCCAUGCCCGUGUCUUCAGUUGCCGUCACUUUAGGUAUUCCCAUGAGCAUGUCUUCUCAGUCUACCCCAAUCUCUAUGACUAGUGUUUCAAGUAGUGAAAAUUCCUUCCCACCAACUUCACAGCCCAGCAUGAUCACUACAAAUGCUAAUAGUGAAAAUACCGUUGUACCUACGUCCAUUCACACUAAAGAAAAUGCUAUGGGCAAUCAGUCUACUCCAGCAGAGAUGACAGAUGAUAAAUCUGAUAUUAAACCAUGCAAGAUUCAAAUUAAAAGUGAACCUCCUGAAAUUAAAACUGAACCUGAAGAAUCAGAAGGAAAGGAAAUUAAAAUUGAACCUAAGCCAGAACCAAUGGAAGUUAGUAGUGCCCCAGAUGAAGGUCAUGUUAAACAAGAGCCAUUUAUUAAGGAGGAGCCUAAAAGUCCAGCAGUACGUACACCAAGCGAAUCAUCGAAUUCAAAUGAAGGUAGCAAUAGCAAAGGUGAUAAGCCUGCCAAUAGUGGAGUAGUUGCACCAAGAAGACCAGCCCCACCACCACCCAAGCCAGCUCAGAUCAUCUCUGCUUCUUCCAACAAAGAUAGAGCUCCUCUAUUUAAGCCAGAUGAAUUACGGCAACAUCUGGUACCUACUCUUGAAAAGCUCUAUCGACAAGAUCCCGAAUCUAUUCCUUUCCGGCAACCAGUUGACCCUCAAGCUCUUGGAAUCCCAGAUUACUUCGAUAUUAUUAAGAAACCUAUGGACUUAUCUACUAUUAAGAGAAAAUUAGACACGGGUCAAUACACUGACCCUUGGGACUAUGUGGACGAUGUUUGGCUGAUGUUUGACAAUGCGUGGAUAUACAAUAGAAAAACGUCACGUGUCUACAGAUACUGCACAAAACUUGCAGAAGUAUUUGAAGCCGAGAUUGACCCUGUGAUGCAACAGUUGGGGUACUGUUGUGGUCGCAAAUAUACUUUUAACCCACAGGUGCUUUGUUGCUAUGGAAAGCAGCUCUGCACCAUACCUCGUGAUGCCAAGUACUUCAGCUACCAGAACAGAUAUACUUACUGCUAUAGAUGCUUUAAUGACAUCCAGGGAGACAGCAUAACCUUAGGAGAUGAUCCAUCUCAACCAGCUUUAAUGAUUAAGAAAUCCCAAUUCACCGAAAUGAAAAAUGAUGCCCUGGACUUGGAACCUCUGGUAGAGUGCCUUGAAUGUGGCCGAAAGCAGCACCAGAUAUGUGUGCUGUACAUGGAGACAAUUUGGCCACAAGGUUUUGUCUGUGAUGGUUGUCUCAAGAAAAAAAACUCAUUACGAAAAGAGAACAAGUUUACUUCCAAGAAACUGCCUACUACAAAAUUGAGCAAUUUCUUGGAAACUCGGGUCAACAACUUCCUAAAGAAAAAAGAGGCUGGUGCUGGUGAAGUUUAUAUUAGGGUCGUGUCUUCUACAGAUAAAAUUGUCGAAGUUAAAGGAGGCAUGAAAACCAGAUUUGUGGAUACAGGGCAACUUUCUCCCGAGUUUCCUUAUCGUGCCAAAGCUCUGUUUGCGUAUGAAGAUAUAGAUGGGCACGAUGUGUGCUUCUUCGGUAUGCAUGUGCAGGAGUAUGGGUCUGACAGUCCUGUACCAAAUACUCGCAGGGUGUACUUAGCUUAUUUAGAUAGUGUACAUUUCUUCAAACCAAGACAAUAUAGAACUGCAGUCUACCAUGAAAUUCUCCUGGGUUAUCUUGAUUAUGUUAAACAGUUGGGGUAUACUAUGGCACAUAUUUGGGCAUGUCCACCCUCAGAAGGAGAUGAUUAUAUCUUCCACUGCCAUCCUAGUGAUCAGAAGAUUCCUAAACCAAAGCGCCUGCAAGAAUGGUACAAGAAGAUGCUUGAUAAAGGUAUCAUAGAAAGAAUAGUAUUAGAUUAUAAGGAUAUCCACAAACAAGCCUUUGAAGACAACAUGAAAUCUCCUGCAGAGUUACCCUAUUUCGAAGGUGACUUCUGGCCCAAUGUGAUGGAAGAGAGUAUAAAAGAAUUAGACCAAGAGGAGGAGGAAAAACGAAAACAGGAGGAGGCAGCGGCAGCCGAAGCUGCAGCACAGGCAGCUAUGGGACAGGAGGAAGAGGAGGAAACCAGUCAAGAUGGGAAGAAGAAAGGUCAAAAGAAACACAAAAACAAGAACAAAAGUAAAAGUCAACAGAAGAACAAGUCAAAGAGUAAGAGCAAUGCAGCAGGCUGCAAUGAUCUUGCUCAAAAAAUAUUUGCCACAAUGGAGAAACACAAAGAUGUAUUCUUUGUAAUAAGAUUGCAUAGUGCACAGUCUGCUGUUAGUUUGCCUCCUAUUCAAGACCCUGACCCCAUUAUGGUAUGUGAUCUCAUGGAUGGUAGAGAUGCCUUCCUCACUUUGGCUAGUGAACGACAUUUAGAGUUCUCAUCGUUACGCCGUGCCAAGUACUCCACAAUGGUCAUGAUGUAUGAGCUACAUAACCAAGGGCAAGAUCGUUUUGUCUACACAUGUAAUCAUUGCAAGGCUCAUGUGGAAACAAGAUAUCACUGUCAAGAGUGUGAUGACUUUGAUUUGUGUACUAAUUGCUUCAAGGCAGAAGGUCAUAAUCACAAGAUGAUAAAACUUGGAUUGGAUCUAGAAGAUGGGUCAGUCAACACCGAGAACAAGAACCUGAAUCCACAAGAGGCCCGUAGACAGUCCAUACAGCGGUGUAUUCAAUCCUUGGUGCAUGCUUCUCAGUGCAGAGAUGCAAAUUGCAGGCUUCCAUCAUGCCAGAAAAUGAAGAGAGUCUUGUCCCAUACAAAGUCCUGCAAAAAGAAGAAUAAUGGUGGAUGUGCAAUAUGUAAACAACUCAUUGCUCUUUGCUGUUACCAUGCAAGAAAUUGCAAAGAGCAAAGAUGUGUCGUUCCCUACUGCUUUAACAUUAAACAAAAAUUACGGCAACAAGAGAUGCAACAGAGGUUCCAGCAGCAGCAGUUAAUGAAGAGAAGAAUGCAACAGAUGAAUGCACGGAUGGUUGGUGUGACAGCCAAUCCAUCCAUGCCUCAGCCAUCUACUCCAGUUCCUCCACCUGUUCAGAGCCCCAUCCACAAUACUCAGCCGGGGAUCAAACCAGCCACUCAAGCACCACCACCACCAAAUGUUAUGAAGGCCAUUGCUCAGGUUCAGGAGGAAGCUGCGAGACAAACUGGGCCUGCUACUGCUGUGAGCUAUGGGAAGGGUAAUCCUGGUAAUGCUGCAGUCAGUCAAGCACCCAUGAUGCCCCCUCCCAUAGCCCCACAGCAGCAGGUCCGCCCACAGAUACCUACCAAUGCCAUGGCACAAAUGGCUAACAUGGGUCCUCAGGUCUCACAAAUGAAUCCCAUGGGUAAACCUAAUGCUGUUAUGCAGCAGCAACAGCAACAACAGCAGCAGCAGCAACAACAACAAAACCGAGUUUUACCAGGAAUGGAGCAAUUAUGGAACAGAUACCCGAAUCCAGGUCCUGGUGGAAUUAUUGGGCAGCAGCAACAAGGUCAAGGUGGUGGUAUCAGACCAGGGAUGAUGACUCAACCCAACCCUAUGGGCCAGCAGGGAGGACCUCCAGGCCCAGCCGUGAUGGGUCCCCCUGGUCAGCCAGGGCAGCCUGGUCAGCCAGUUCAGCCUGGUGGGCAACCCCAGAGAAAUGCCACACAAGCCUUACAGCAGCUUUUACAAACUUUAAAGAAUCCCUCGGGUCCGCAUCAACAAUCGGAGGUUUUACAAAUAUUAAAGACUCAUCCUCAGUUAAUGGCAGCUUUUAUCAGACAUCGCCAACUUCAGCAACAAAGUCAACAGCAACAGCAGCAGCAGCAACAACAGCAACAACAGCAACAACAACAACAGCAGCAACAACAGCAACAGCAGCAGCAGCAGCAACAGCAACAAAACCCACCGGGACCAGGUCAACCAGGGUUGAUACCACAAGGUGCAAGUGGGAUGCAGGGAUCUGUACAAGGGUCAAUGCAGCCAAAUAUGCAACCAGGUGGAAUGCAGCCUAAUAUACAGCCAGGGGGUAUGCAAACCACUAUGCAGGGGGGUAUAGUGACUCAGAUGGCUACCAACCAACCUAUGCAGGGCCAGCCACAGCAAAUGGGAGUUCCUCCAACGCAAGCCAAUAUGACGCAUCAGCAACAAUGGUACCAACAGCAAAAGCUUAUGCAGUUAAGGCAGCAGCAACAACAGCAGCAGCAACAGCAGCAACAACAACAGCAACAGCAGCAGCAGCAGCAGCAACAACAACAGUCUCAACCAGGGGGCUUCCAACAACCUCAGGCACCAAUGUAUACACAGAGACGACAGUUGAGCUUCUCGCAGCAGCAUAAUUUCCAGGGUGGGGAUGGUCAGUUUGGGCAAGGUUUUCCCCAGCAGCAGCAGCAACAACAAAUGCUGAUGCAGCAACAACAAAUGAAGCCAGUGCCACCUUCUAUGUCACCUCAGUCUGUUGCCCCGGGCAUGAUGCCUCCUGGGUCAGCUAUGACGAACCCGUCCCCACAGCAGCUGAUGCAGACUGUUACGUCACCUCCACCAAGUAAUUUGCCACAAACAGUGCGGUCACCUCAACCUAACCCCUCGCCUAGAAACCAUGGUCCCAUCCCGUCCCCGCGUAUCCCGUCCCCGCGUGCGGGACCUGUACCUUCUCCACACCACCCAGCUCCAGUGCAUUCUCCGCAUCCUGGAAGUCAACAAGGCCCAGCGAUGGGUGGUAGUGGUGCCCCAGGGGAUUCCAUGAUGCUCUCCCAACUUGGGCCUGGAAGUGGGCAUCAAACGCACCAGGGGUUGCCUCCUUUACAACCUGCCAAUAACCAACAGAUGGGUGGCAUGGUGCCCACCUCUGAGGCAGAUGUUACCCCACAAGACAAACUCUCUAAAUUUGUGGAGACAUUAUAGUACCAGUGUGCUACUUAGCCCUUGUAGAUAGUACCUUGUAAAUAUUUUGUAAGUAAGUCAUGGAUUCUCAUACAGACUACAAAUUGUGAUUGUUAUUUUUGCAGUGCUUUCUAUCUGCAAAACAGGAAAGAUAUUAUGCUUCCUUGAAGCAAACCCAGAGGAAUAUACUGCAGAUUCUGAACUAUAAACUCAUGCCAAUUCCUUAAAAGACAAUUCACUUACCCUACGUGGGGUUUUCUAGGCUUAUGAAAGACUAAAAAAGUAAACUCAGUGGUUACAUAAAAAAAGAUCGAAAUGAAAAUUUUAUUACAGUAACUUUGUACAAUUUUGCAUUAGUCAUUAAUUUUGGGCAGUUGCUGUCUUGUUUAUAAUUUGAAGAGUGCAAAUAGGUCUUUUUGCCAAGGUAUUAGCUAGACACGUUUGGUGCAUUCUAGCUUGCUGAACUACUAGAGCAGGAUGUACUAUGGGAUUGUGCCUGUACAUUUCUGCACAAUAAGUGAUAAAAGAAUGUAAAUGUAAUGGUUUUGUUAAAUCCCCUGUGCCCAUGAAACUCCCAAAGCUACAGACUGCAGUGCAGGCACAACCUCAACGGUGACCUCCCUAUAACUUUGACAUUCCCUGUAGGUAACGCACUUGCCCUGGGGAGGUUUGCUGUCUCUGCUAGUGCUGUCAGUUUGACAGUGAAUGGGGAGUGGGUAAUAAGGAAACGUGUUCACACGCAGCGGACUCGAGGGAUAGCUGCUGCUGCUACCACCAUCAUCCCAAACAAACUAGUACACAGUGCCCACUGCUGACCCAUUCCAUGCCCAUCAACCUACUAAAGGAGAGGAUAGUGAAUUGGUUAGCAAGGGGAGAUGGAAGGUGUGUGGGUGAGGGAAGUUGCAGCCAGUUUUCCUCCCGUCACGACGCCUCACCCACCUGUCCUCUAUACAAUUCUUUAAUUUAUUUCUCUUUAAAAAUUUGAUAAGUUUGUUUUCACAUUUUCCAACGCUCAACGUGAUGUAUGUAUGUAAAUUGUUGAUUGUAUUGUCUAACAACACCUGCUCAUUGGGAGUCCCCGUUCUUGUCCUGUAUAAUUGUAUUUUAAUGGGCAUAAGAAAUUUUUUAACUGUCUGGUCCCCCACUUUGUUAUGUUUAAUGUUGACCAAUGAGGAAGUGUUGAACAGAGGAUUUGAUUAUUUUAUAAUAAAUAUAUGACAAAUUA